AUGUCCACGCGACAGAGGUCCUUCUUUGACCAGAACCCGAAGCCAAAGCAGCAGUUCAAGGGCCAAUGGAACCGCCCACGCAACUUCCCCCACCAAAACAGUAACCAGGCGGCGCCGCAGGCUCGGCAGGUAGUUACUGGCCCUCCCAUCAUGCCUUCGACCCAGACACGUACCAAGCUCAAAGCUUUCCAAUUCAUCGAGGGCGCGCCCACCGCGGAAUCCCUCCGACAGCGCGAGGCGGAGAAGGAAAAUCUACCGACCGCGCGCGGAAAGACACCAAAGCCCAUGGGGACACCAAAAGCGAAUCGUGUCGCGAAAGAUGUGGGAACCACGAACAAGACUCCAAAGCUGCCCACCAUUCUCGAUUGUCCGCCGCCAUCAACUCCCGCCACUACGAGGCUGCCGCUUGCGGAUCUGGUAGGCAACGUCGACGAUUCCUCGAGACACGCGCCGCAACCUGUCGCCUCGCCCGAAGAGACGCUGAUAUGGAGAGGCUCGCAAGCAGUCAACACGCCUUUGCCCCGGAAGAACAAGAAACGCGCUCGGAGCUCUUCGCCCGUCGGACCGUCGCAAGACGAACACAGACUGGACGGUGCGAGGCAAGACAUCACAACACCCCAGGCCGAUCCUGCCAUGGAGCUGUGGUCACGGUACACGAACAACAAGGGAACACCAAGCGCCAACAAGAGCGUGGCAUUUGCACAUCUCAUCAACGAAUCGUCACCUAGGUCGAUGGCUGCUGCUGGAAGUGUCAGUGGACUUCGGAGAUGGGCAAGCUGUGGCGUAGAGUUCCCAGCAUCGACCCGGAAGAAACGGAGAACCCACGGUGUGUUCCAGCCGGAGCAGGAAGCUACAGAGGACGUUUUCGCUGGCGCAUCUAGUUCGAAUGGAAUGAUGCUUGGACAGCCCGCGAAACCCAACAUUGCGAGCAUGGUCCAGCGCAUGAGGGAAUGCGUAUCGAAGUCACAGCCACGCAUAUCGUCACAGAUGCCCUCGAGCUCAUCUCCGUUACCAGGGGCAGGCGAUCGCCAGGACCAAUCGUCGGGCUCUCCUCUCCAGCGGCGUGCACGCGACAAUCUGGCAGAAACCUCCGAAACAAUACGCCACGAGUCGGCACCUCUAGAAGAUACCGUGGACAUGGAUGACGAGCUCGUUCGAGAAGACGAUUACGUGGAAGCGGCACCGAAGCCACCGGCAUCGCAGGGAUCCUCAGAUGAUUUCGGAGAUGACUUCGACGCCGACAUGGUGGAAGCUUUGGACAUAUCGCCUCGACCUGUGCAACCUCCACCGCCCACCAAGUCCGCGCCACCCGCACGCUCCACGAGCUACGUUACCAUACCCACCGAGCCCAUCCAUCCACCCGCACAACAUCACUAUGCAGACCCAGCACCAGAACAAGGCAGUGACGACGAUGAGUUUGGCAUGGAUGACGAGGACGACUUCGCUGCGGAUCUGGAACAUGUAGCAUCGCUGUACGAUACGCGAUCUGUAGAGUCUCCAAUGGCAGAUCAGAGCCAGACCGCAGAGGCCGAAGGCGUAGGAGCUACCGCAAGUGCAGUAUCAGCACCUGUGAUUAGUCUUUUGGACGAUGAUGACGACGAUGACUUCGGAGAGGACAUUGAUGCUGACGAGUUCGCUGCCGCCGAAGUUGCAGCCACCCAAGUACCUGCCAAUACUAGUCAACAGGACAAUAGAGCAAUCCAGCGCUACCUUAUCAAGCGAGUGGACGAAAGUUCAUAUACCACUGAUCGCGGCUACCAGAUGUCCGAAAAGGUUUUGCUCGUCGAGGAAGAGAAGACAAAGUUAUUCAAGGCGAUCACUCUACGUCAAGCUUGGUUCGAUACCCCAUGCACUACGGGAUCGUUUGUGCAUGUCAUCGGUGACUUUACAAGUACUGGACAGUGUAUCAUUGAUGAUCACCACAACAUGCUCAUUCUUCAUCCUGAUCAUCUCAUCUCAUCGACUGUUGUCGCUGACUCUUUUGGGUGUUUACGACGUGCGGUGCUGCAAGACCGUGUAAAGGCCACAAGCAAGGCGAACGCCCCAAUGCUCUACGGCACACUGCUCCACGAGUUGUUCCAAAAAGCCAUGAAAGCGAACGAAUGGAGUUCUGUAUUCUUAUUGGACACCAUCGAAACGCUCUUACCGAACCAUCUCGAGACCAUACUGGAGAUCAAUUCAACGUGCGAAGCCGUCAAGGAGCAUCUGAGCAGCAAGCUGCCGGAGCUACAGGCAUGGGCUAAGGUGUUCGUUCGCGCAGAACCUCAAGCUGAUGCCGUCGUUCGAGAGCGAAACGGACGUCAGUCGACCAUGAGCAUUAACAAACUACUUGAUGUGGAAGAGCACGUCUGGUCUCCAAUGUAUGGAUUGAAAGGCAACAUCGAUGCUACUGUGCAAGUGACAAUGCGCGAUGAUCUCGGGGAACGCACAUUGACAGUGCCUUUCGAAGUCAAGACUGGCAAGAACUCUUCGAACGCUGCACACGUUGCUCAGACCGCUUUGUACAACCUAUUGUUGUCGAAUCGAUAUGACGUUGACAUUGCUUACGGUAUCUUGUAUUACCUUGAGACUUCCGAAAUCAGCCGUAUUCCUGCGAUUCGCAACGACAUCAUUCACAUGAUCAUCAAGCGCAAUGAGUUGGCCUGCUAUGUUCGAGAUCGCAUCGAGUUGCCACCGAUUCUGAAGGAAGACUUCAAGUGUCAAAAGUGUUACGCACAGGAACCUUGCUUCCUGUAUCAUAAUCUCGUUGAGGAUGGAAAAGGCGAGAUGUUGAACCCGAAGGCGAAAGAAAGAUAUGACGAGCUCGUGAAGCCUCUCCAACCUUCCCAUCAAGAGUUCAUGAAGAAGUGGGACACGCUGUUGACCAAAGAAGAGACGGAUAUGAUGAAGUUUCGACGAGAGUUGUGGACCAUGUUGAGCACCGAACGGGAAAAGCUCGGUCGUUGUUUCUCGAACGUCAUCUUGGAGCCUGGAUCUGCCCAUGAAGACAAGAACGGCCAAAAGAUCAACCGCUACAACUACACGUUUAUCAAACAGCAGCCGGCUCCAGGGUUUUCCUUCACCGAGUCUCAGCUCAUCAUCGGAGAGCCUGUUGUAGUUUCGGAUGAGGAAGGCCAUUUCGCGUUGGCUAACGGAUACGUCACCAACGUGAGAAAGCGUCGUAUAACUGUCGCUGUUGACAAACGUUUGCACAAUUCUCGAACCAAGCUACCCGGUUUCCAUUCACAAAACAACCAAACCUUUGCUGGUAUCAUGGAGGUUACCAAAGAAGGCGAGACUGUGGCGGAGUUUCAAUCUGAUGAGGAGCCCGUACUGUAUCGUCUUGACAAAGACGAAUUCAGCAAUGGUAUGGCUGCAGCACGCAACAAUCUCAUCCAGAUCAUGGACGACAGUGUAUACAAGGCCCACGACCUUCGCGCGCUAAUCGUAGACGGUCGAGCUCCUGCGUUCAAGCCCGUACCAGAUGCGCUGUCAUUGCCUCAGUCAUCGCAAAUGUCCAUGAACUCUGAUCAGCGCACUGCCGUUGCUAAGGUCAUGUCUGCAAAAGAUUAUGCCCUCGUGUUGGGCAUGCCUGGAACUGGAAAAACCACCACGAUCGCGCACAUCAUUCGUACCCUAGUGGCGAAAGGCAAGAGUGUCCUACUUACUUCGUACACCCAUACUGCCGUCGACAACAUCCUUCUCAAGAUUCGAGAUGACAAGAUCGGCAUACUACGCUUGGGUGCUGCGAAGAAGAUCCAUCCUGAAGUUAGAGAAUUUGCCACGCUUGCUGCGGAACCGAAAGAUAGUCUCGAAGAGCUCGAAAGAUCGUGGAUGCAGCCGCCAGUCGUGGCUACAACGUGUCUGACCAUCAAUCAUCCCUUGUUCAACCGCCGCGUCUUCGACUACUGCAUUGUUGACGAAGCAUCCCAAAUCACUCUACCUGUAUGCUUGGGGCCCAUUCGUAUGGCUCAGAAGUUCAUCUUGGUGGGCGACCAUUACCAGCUGCCCCCACUGGUCCAGAACAAGGAAGCCAUGGAGGGCGGACUUGAUGUGUCACUGUUUAAGCUCCUUUGCGAGGCUCAUCCACAGGCCGUCGUUAGUUUGGAGCAUCAGUAUCGAAUGUGUGCUGAAGUCAUGCUGUUGUCAAACACUUUUAUCUACUCAGGAAGGCUGAAGUGCGGUACGACUGCUGUCGCUUCCCGCAAGCUUACCCUCCCCCGGCCCGACGGUCUGACUGCUUACCACCAUGGCUCGCAUCAGUCAAGAUCUAAUGAGGUAGAGCCUUGCGUUGGCCCUAAUACCGCACGUUGUUGGAUAUCUCGUUCCUUGUCGCCGGAUCAACCUGUUGUGUUCGUCAACACCGAUCUCAUUUCAUCAACCCUAGAAGCGCAAUCUGGGUCGCGCAUCACCAACACCCUGGAGGCACGGCUUGUCACACAGCUCACGGUGUCUCUUCUCAGCCUAGGUGUCCCUGCGGGAGAGAUUGGCAUCAUAGCAUUCUAUCGUUCACAGCUCGCCCUGCUGCGACAAAGUCUGGCUUCUGCACACACCCAAACUCAAUCCUCUGAACUCGCUGCCCCCGUCAUCAACGGCCAAGGCUGUGCGGGUGUGGAACUACAUACAGCAGACAAGUUUCAAGGCCGCGACAAGGAAGUCGUUAUCGUGUCUUGUGUACGGAGCAACGAGAACGGCACAGUUGGUGAUCUUCUAAAAGAUCGUAGGCGCGUCAAUGUUGCGCUCACACGCGCGCGAUCGAAACUUGUGAUCGUCGGUAGUGAGAAGACCUUGUCAAGCAACGAGCUCUUGCGUGAUAUGGUCGCCCUCUGCCGAGAGAAAGACUGGGUACUUGAUCUCCAACCCGAUAUGGUCGAAUCGCAUAGUUUCGACGAAAGCAUCACACAAACAAGCAAGACACCUGUGAGACAGUCGACCUCUUCCUUGUUCGCCAACAAGAUGGCGAAGAGCCCUAGCCUGACGCCCAGCCCGUCGAAGAAGCGCAAGGCACUUGGCGAUCUCACAGCGAAACCUGGUAAAGUGAACGCUAGGAGUCCAAAGAGAAGAAUUGGCAGUAAAAGCACGAGUGGAAGUCCUGAAGAGAAGAGGAUACCCGGCAAAGUCAUCACAGCAGGAAAGAGGGGCGUGCUGGAUGGCAGACCGAUUUUGAGGGAUAUUUACAAUGGUGCCAUCUAA